AUGCGUUGGACAAGCUAUCUUCAGCUUGCAUCUACAAUAGCAGCGACGGUCGCACAAGCUUCUACAUUGACCCCGCCAGUGAUACCACUAAUUGUUCGCAAUCCGUAUUUGAGUGCUUGGUUGGGACAUGCAAGAGAGAAUCCGUGGGAACAUUGGCCAAUAUUCUGGACGGGUCAAGAGAUUGGGUUCUCUGUACUCGCCUCUGUUCCUCGAUCCAAUACUGUUUAUCCAUUGUUGGGUAGACCACAAGAUUCAUUAAGAAAAACGGGAGAGAGCUUCAAUGUAUCAUAUCCUACAUUUUUAGGUGCUACUUUCGAUGCGUCAACGACAAACCUCACAUACCACAUUCCUUCGCCCUUUGAAUCUCAAGAUUCACUUGAGGUGGUAUUAUCCUUCCUAUCUCCAAUUACACCAACUUCAACUUUCCGUCAAUCGAUACCUGCGGCAUAUUUGACUGUGCAUGUCACAGGAGGAUUUGAUCUCGAUGUAUACUUGGAUAUUAAUGGAUUAUGGGUCAGUGGUGAUAGAGCAAAUACCAUUGGUUGGACAUUCAGCCAAAGUGAACCCCCAAAGGGUAGCAAGCAGUCACCAUUGAAGGUCUGGAAGGUCAAACGAGUAGUUGAGCAAUUGUUCACCGAAUGGGCUGACCGUUCAGAAUGGGGACAAUUACACUUCACAGGUCCAGCUGAGGUUAACUAUCAAGCUGGCACAUCUGCUAUACUACGUACUGCGUUCUCUAGAAGUGGAACAUUGUCGAAUAAUGUUGAUGGCAACUUUCGAGGAAUUAUGGAUGAGGAACCAGUUUUCGCAUUUGCCUACUCUUUCAAGCUCAAACCCACUUCAAAUUCCACUUCUGCUGCAGGUGGGAAAACAUACGCUAGUGCUCUAUUCACGAUUGCACAUGUUCAAGAUCCUGUCAUCCAAUUCGCUUCCGCUCGAGGUUUGACAGCUAUGCGUCCAUUAUGGGCCUCUUAUUAUCCUAACGCUGAUGUUCUACUUGAAUACCAUUACCAUGACUUCCAGAAAGCUUUCAACCUUGCAAGUAAUUAUUCGGACCAACUCGCGAUUGAUGCUUUGCAGUCCGGAUCUGAGGACUACAAAGAUAUUCUGGCCCUCAGUGCACGUCAAGUAUUAGGUGCUGCUUCUUUCUCUGGAACUCCCGAUAACCCUAUUAUUUUCUUCAAGGAGAUUUCUUCUGACGGAAAUAUGAAUACCAUUGAUGUGAUAUAUCCCUCCUUUCCAUUCUUCUUGUACACAAAUCCUAGGUGGUUAGCAUAUAUGCUGGAGCCUUUGAUUGAACAUAUGCUCAGUGGUCAAUAUCCUAACGAUUACGCUAUGCAUGACCUCGGUUCAUCUUUCCCCAAUGCGACAGGACAUCCAGAUGGUAGAGAUGAGUAUAUGCCUGUCGAAGAAUGUGGGAAUAUGCUCAUCAUGGGCUUGGCACUGGUUAACGCACUUAAGUACGACACUCAACCAGCAAGCAUUUGGUCCGGUCAAGGUCGUCAUAAGGUCGCUCAGUUCAUCGAAGGUGCUUUCCCACUUUUCGUCGAUUCUGACGGUAUGGAUGAUACUGUUGGUGGCCCCGUUGAAGCUAAAGGCGAAAAGCAAGCACGAAAAUGGGUCGAGAAAUCAUAUAGAUUGUGGAAGCAAUGGACUGGCUAUUUGGUCAGGGAAACUCUUAUCCCCAGCAAUCAAUUGUCCACGGACGACUUUGCUGGAUGGCUAGCCAACCAAACAAACCUUGCCCUGAAGGGAAUCAUAGGAAUCAAAGCUAUGAGCGAGAUAGCCGAGGUUGUUGGUGAAACUGAGGAUGCUACUUACUACCGUAAGAUCUCCGAAAACUACAUUAAACGAUGGGAGGAGGAAUUUGCCAUUUCUAGAGAUGGAACUCAUGCUAAAUUGGCAUACUCUUGGUAUGGAUCCUGGACGAUUUUAUACAAUCUGUUUGCAGAUUCGUUACUUUGUUUCCAUAUUCCAUCAAGCUCUUCAUCUAUUCCGAACAAUUGGAAAGACCAAAAGCCUAUCACGCUCCCUGAUCAGCAAGUUUUAAAGACGGGAUUUGUCAGUGACAAGGUUUACAAAUUACAGAGUGACUGGUAUCACUCAGUUCGACAGAAAUAUGGUUUACCUCUCGAUAGUCGCCAUCUAUAUACCAAGAGUGAUUGGGAAUUCUUUGCUGUUUCGGUUGCUAGCAAGAAGGUUAGGGAAGAGAUUGUUGACUCGAUUGCAUUAUGGGUCAAUGAGACUACGACUGAUAAACCACUCACGGAUUUAUAUGAUACAGAAGGGACAGGUGGAUUCCCUGGCAUAGAGUUCAAAGCUCGGCCAGUUGUUGGAGGACAUUUCGCAUUCCUAGCAUUAGAAAGAGCAUGUGAUGGAAAGGCUGUUGCUGCCUUAGACUUUUUAAAUGAAGAGGAGAAAGUAGAAGUAUAUGAGGAAGAGAUGAUGCACAACGAGGAACUUUAG